UCGAGCGCGCGAGAUGCACAGAAGACGCAUAGUUCACCUAAGAAGAGAUUCUCGAAGUUUCACUGGAUAGCUUCGCUAGGAUUUUACACUCUUCCUGAGAUAUCCGAUGAGCGCGUAAAGGGAUCAUCUUGCGUGUUACACAACUUUUGGAGGCGCUCCAUCAAGAAGAAAUCAUCACUGGAACAACAAGCACAGGCGCACGUGGAUUCUUUGCUUUCUUUUUGGCUUUGCUCAACGCUGGAGAUGUUCGGGCACAAUAUCUGCCUCGUGUCCGCGUUGCUGGCGGCUGCCGGUGCUGUCUUCCCGGCUCUGCUGUUGCUUGUGGUUUCGCGGCUGCUGUGGGAGUUCAGGUGGAGCAUCACCGGGGAUCGGACGUGUAAACUCCCACUCCCGCAGGGCUCCAUGGGCUGGCCGCUGGUCGGAGAAACUUUUCACUGGCUUUUCCAGGGAUCCAGCUUUCACAUCUCCAGACGCGAGAAACACGGAAAUGUUUUUAAAACUCACCUUUUGGGCAAACCCCUCAUCCGAGUGACCGGUGCAGAAAACAUCCGUAAGAUUCUGCUGGGUGAACACACGCUGGUGUGCACGCAGUGGCCCCAGAGCACACGCAUCAUCCUGGGGCCCAACACUCUGGUAAACUCAGUUGGUGUCCUGCACAAGAGGAAGAGAAAAAUCCUUGCAAAAGUGUUUAGCCGUGGGGCGCUGGAGGCCUAUCUGACACGCCUUCAAGAUGUUGUCAAGACUGAAAUUGCUAAGUGGUGCUCCGAGACCGGGUCUGUGGACGUUUACACCGUAGCCAAGUCACUCACUUUCCGCAUUGCAGUGCGAGUCCUGCUCGGUCUGCAUCUGGAGGAGCAGCAAAUCACUUCUCUCUCCAAAACCUUUGAACAGCUCAUGAACAACCUCUUUUCUCUUCCUAUUGACACCCCCAUAAGCGGCCUGCGUAAGGGAAUCAGGGCCCGUGAGAUUCUGCACUCUGCCAUGGAGAAGAUCAUAGAGGAGAAACUGAAAAAGCAGCAAACCAGUGAUUAUUGUGAUGCUUUUGACUAUAUGCUGAGCAGUGCGAAGGAAGAUGACUAUGAGCUUACAAUGCAAGAGCUUAAGGAAACCGCAGUAGAGUUAAUCUUCGCUGCUCACUCCACUACUGCCAGCGCAUCAACAUCCCUCAUCCUGCAGCUGCUGCGUCAUCCAGAUGUGAGUGAGUGCGCCAGAGCAGAGCUGGAAAGCGAGGGGCUGAUCGGCGAUGCGCAUGGAUACUGCCGCUCUCGUUGCCAUGGGAACGUCAUCAGUGAUGCUGCUGAGAAGAGUACCAGCGAGUGGAGAUCAGCGAUGAAUAAAACACCGUGUUUUGAAGCAGGAGACAAGGAAGAGGGGCAUCGCUCUCGCACCCACGUCCCUUACCUGAGUUUGGAGAAACUGAGUCAACUUUCUUACCUGGACUGUGUGGUCAAAGAGGUGCUUCGGUUCCUCCCACCAGUGUCUGGCGGAUACAGGACAGUCCUGCAAACAUUUGAAUUAAAUGGUUAUCAGAUCCCGAAGGGCUGGAGCGUCAUGUACAGCAUCCGUGACACGCACGAGACAGCAGAAGCAUAUCAGAACCCAGAGCUCUUCGACCCAGACCGGUUCUGCGCAGAUCGAAACGAGAGCAAAACUGACCGCUUCAGGUACGUCCCAUUUGGAGGUGGUGUGAGGAGGUGCAUCGGCCGGGAGCUCGCUUUGAUUGUGCUCAAAACUCUUGCGGUGGAGUUGCUCGCCACAGUAGAUUGCACUCUGGCAACAGAAACAUAUCCAACGAUGCAGACGGUGCCAAUCGUGCAUCCGGUCAAUGGAUUGCAUGUGUUUUUUAACUACAGAACCCACGGAGUUGAGAGAAAUCGGAGGGAAUCCACGCAUAUAUAGACAAAAAACUUAAUUUAGACACUGUACCACAUAGAACGCCAAUGCAUAGAUGUCAAACUCCUUUUGGGAAUCAUAUGCAGUUUCCUUUAUAAUGUUUAUGUAAAGCAAGCCAUCUGGAAAUGGAUGAAAUGAUGAACCUGACCCAUUCAUUAGAUAUUGCAGUCUUGAACUUGAACACUUGUUUUUAGUGAACUUGUGGAAAGGGUAAAUAUCCACUAGAAUGCAUGAAAAAGUUACUUAAACCCGUGUAAAAAUAUGUUAGGUUUGAAUAGCCAAGCCAUUGUGAUGUGCAUAAGGAAAU